AUGGGGGCUGGUUCCAUUUGCCUUGUCUCUUUGGACAUGGGCUGCAUUGAGAAAGUGAGGCUUGUUGUUGGCUUUGAGAAAGAAGUUGAAGGGCUUAAAAGCAAUCUCUUCGCCAUCAAACCUGUGCUCGUUGAUGCAGAAAAAAGGCAAUUCAAGGAGGCUGCUGUUAAACAGUGGAUAGAUAAGCUCAAAUCCAUAUGCUAUGAUAUCGAUGACGUCUUGGAUGAAUGGAAUGCUGCAAUUCUUGAAUCCCAAAUUGUGGGCGGAGAUGAAGCUGCUGCUACUGCCGCGGCUAAUCGCAGGGUUUGUCCUUUCUUCCGCUCUUCUUGCUUUUGCUUUUCUUGGUGUGAAGUUGGUUUGCGGCAUGAUGUUGCCUACAAGAUGCAACAAAUCAAUGGAAGAUUGAAUGGUAUUGCCAGCCAGAGAAACAAGUAUGAUUUUGCUUUGGUGAAAGAUACUGAACAAAUUGAGCGCCCUAUGAGUACUUCUUUUUUUGAUAAAACGGAGAGUAGUGAACAAUCCAAUCCUCAAGUCAUUUCUCUGAUGGGGAUGGGGGGAAUUGGAAAAACAACUCUCGCCAAACUAAUCUACAAUGAGAAGAGAAUUUGGGUGUGUGUCUCAGAUCCCUUUGAGGAGAUCAGGAUUGCUAAGGCAAUGCUUGAAUCUCUCAACGAUGCUACCCCAAAUUUAGUUUAA